AUGUCCCUGCUGGGUAGUGAGAAUAUUAAACUGCUGCAAAAGCUGUUCAAGGCAAACGCAGAUGAUUCCUCAUCGGACGAAAACGAACCUGCCGAAGACACUGUCCCACAGCUAGGACCUGGAGAUAUCGGAGAGCCGGCUGCAAUAAAGCCAAAGCGGAAACCCACUACCGAUCCGGCGGAACACGUAAAACCUUGCUCUUAUGCCCCACUCAAACCACACGCUCAUCCGGAAGCGGAACAGCAACCAAACACACUUGAAGAAUGGGAAGCGCAACAAUUGCAGCAAGACCGUGCCUUGUUUGAUUCCCGCAAACAACCGGAAUACCGAAUCUCGUACCGCCAGACGGUCGCCACCGAGGAUAUCUAUCUGCAGAUGAACUGUAAAACGCCAGCAACGGCCAGCUGUGAGAAUAUGAUUCUGGAAGUGUUUCUUACCGGCGAGGAUGAUUCCGUGGGCAUCCAUCAGAUCGAGCUGGAGGUGAAGAAUCAACGGGUGACUGUUGGAUCGCCCAAGUAUCGGCUCGAUCUUUGCCUACCGCACCGGAUCAAUCCGGACAAGGGUAAUGCGGCGUGGCUGUCGGAUCAGAAAACGCUUCGCCUUACGCUUACGAUGGUACGUGAGUUGGAUUUCGUAAAUUUUUAA